UUAGAGCAAAACUAUCAGAUUUUGGCCUGGCUAGAAAUGGUCCUGCUGGAGAUAAAUCGCAUGUUUCAACUCAGGUGGUCGGAACCGGUGGCUAUGCGUCUCCAGAAUAUAUUGCUACUGGCGCCCUCCUCUCUUCCUCCUCUGCUGCUGCCAUCGCCGCCUCUGUGAGAGUCGUGGCCACGUUAGAGGCCCGUGUCGCCUCCACUGCCUCGCCACUACUAACUUUCUCUGAUUUUUUCCCUGUGAUUCAGGUGAUCUCCCAAAGUUGUUCUCGAGGAGGGGUGCAACCUGUUUCUUGGGCUAUGCGGGUCAACAUCGCCACCGACGUCGCUCGAGGGCUAUUAUUCUUACAUCGCCUGGAAACUCAAGUUAUCUUCCACGAAAUAAAGUCCUCAAGGGGUUGUGUGCCAGCUGAAGGGCAUAAUCUUCAGAAGGAUUUUGGAAAAGGUGGCUCAUUCGUAGCAGGGAAUUUGUCCUCUACAAGCGCUUCGGCUUCAUUGGAAGGAACAACAUCUGUUUCUUUUGACAAAAAGAAAGAAGAGUUAUUUGAAAUGCUUGGAUGUUUGUUUGUCCAUUUGGAUUAUCCUCAGUGCUUCUAUGCUGAAACAUAUGCCGUAGAUUUGAAUAUAUUGGAAGAGAACGAAGAUAUGAAGGUCGCUGCUCUCGGAGAAGAAGUAUCUUUAGAAGCUCUGUUAUUAAGCAAGACGGAAGCAGCACUCCGCCAAAGAGAGAAGAUGAAGAGCGAUGAGGUUUCUGAUGCUGAUUAUAUAUAUAUAUAUAUAGGGGAUUCUGAUGAAGACCCGACGUCGGUACUUCUCUUUGCCAGUCAUCACAGUUACAGACCAGAAUUUCGUUAUUUCUUAAUUAUUGUACAAACAAUUUAUCUUAUAUUAACUUUUAUUUUUAAUAUUUAUGCUGGAUUUUGAUUCUAUAUACCUUUUAUCCAUGGUAUUAUGUUUCUUUUCUAAAUAGUUUUAGUAUAUUUUAUAUUUUGUA